GCUGGUUGUCAAACGACACGGCUGUCAAACUUUUCUCCUUUCUCGCUCUUUUUCCGGGCAUCUUUGAUGUACGAGUGAACACAUUUCACUGUGAACGAAGAAUAAUUUCGCUAUGGUUUUCGGAUCAAAGGUUCAAAAAUCCGGCGGUGCCGAACCGGAUGCGUUCGAGAAUCAAAUCGGACAGGCUAUUCUGGAGCUGGAGAUGAAUUCGGACCUGAAGCCACAAUUGCGUGAUCUGCAUAUCACUCGCGCUCGUGAGAUCGAGUUCAACAACAAAAAGGCAAUCGUCAUCUACGUUCCAGUGCCUAAGCUGAAAGCCUUCCAGAAGGUUCAGAUUCGACUGGUUCGUGAACUGGAGAAGAAGUUCUCCGGCAAGCAUGUCGUGUUCAUUGGAGAGCGUCGUAUUCUGCCCAAGCCCCAGCGGGGUCGCCGUGAUCCCAACAAGCAGAAGCGUCCACGAUCGAGAACCCUUACCGCGGUUUACGACGCUAUUCUGGAGGAUUUGGUCUUCCCGGCUGAGGUUGUAGGUAAGCGAAUCCGCGUGAAACUGGACGGAUCUCAGCUGAUUAAGGUGCACCUGGACAAGAACCAGCAGACCACCAUCGAACACAAGGUCGACACUUUCACGCCGGUUUACAAGAAAUUGACCGGACGGGAUGUUACAUUUGAAUUCCCGGAACCCUACCUGUAAACUAUUAUUAACAAUAGUUUCUAAACCUUGAAUAAGAGAGCGCGCGAAAUACGAUGUUUGGGCUAGCAGGAAGUGUGUUGAACAGCAUCCUCUGUUGCAAAUAAAAACUCAGAAAAGCCAAGAUCGCAGGUGUAUAAAAAUUUGAAA